AUGAAGUUUCUCCAAUGCCUGUGUUUACUCCUUGCUGCUCUUUGUGCUGUAACCCAUUGCUGCCCUGAAGAGAUUUGCCAUGAAGUCAACAAUACUAAUCUGCAAGAUGGAAGAGAAAAUUUAUUAACAUAUAGCUGUGAAAAGAAAGGUUCUAACCAUGCAGAUUUUGUAUUUAGAUUUUACAAGCAGGUUUCAUCAAAAGAAGCUCAUAAAAAUGUGUUCUUUUCUCCUAUGAGCAUCUCCACUGCCUUUGCCAUGCUGGCUGUUGGUGCUAAAUCAACGACUCUCUCUCAGAUUUUUGAAGGACUGGGCUUUGAUGACCUGACUGAAACUCGCAUAAAUGAUGUACAUGAAAGUUUUCACAAAGUUUUGUCAGUACUGAACUGUACUGAUGUUAACAUCACAUUAAAUAUUGGGAAUGCCCUUUUCACAGCAACUGGGUAUGAACCACAGGAGUUGUUUCUACAAAAUACAAAAAAAUUUUAUGAUGCAGAUGUUUUCUCCAGUGAUUUUCAUAAACCAGAAGAAGCUACAAAGCAAAUCAAUAAAUAUGUAGAAGACAAAACUAAGGGGAAAAUUCCUGAAUUAGUUGGUCAUCUUGAUCCAAAUACUGUACUGGUUCUUGUUAAUUAUAUUUACUUUAAAGCUGCCUGGGAAAUGUCUUUCGAUCCUUUGCGCACACAUGAGGAUGAUUUUUUUGUGAACCCAAAUGCAUCUGUUAGAGUUAACAUGAUGCAGCAUGAUGGUAUCUCAAAUGUUUACUAUGACCAGGAGCUCUCCUGUGUGGUGGUAGAGCUUCCUUACCAGGGCACUGCACGAGCAUUGCUUGUUCUGCCUGAUGAUGGAAAGAUGAAGCAAGUGGAAGAUGCUCUCUCCAAGGAAACAGUUUGUAAAUGGGACAGCAAACUUGUGACCAGGAGAUUAAAUCUGCAGUUGCCAAAGUUUUCUAUUAGUGGGUCUUACGAUGUUAAAACCCUGUUUGAGCAAAUGGGCAUUACUGAAGUGUUCUCAGGUAAUGCUGAUCUGUCUGGAAUUAGUGGCAAUCACAAUCUCCAGGUUUCACAAGCAAUUCACAAGGCCUUGCUGGAAGUUGAUGAGGCUGGAACUGAAGCUGCAGGAGCCACUGCCAUCAUCUUUACCAGAGUUUCGUUUGCUUCUCAUACCAUCAAAUUCAACAGGCCCUUCCUUAUUUUGAUCUCUGACAAACAAACUGGCAUCACACUUUUCAUGGGGAAAAUUGUUGAUCCUACUAAGAAGUAA